AGGAGAGAGACGAAGGAGGAGGAGAGAGAAGGACUGAGGAGGAGGAGAGAGACGAAGGAGGAGAGAGAAGGACUGAGGAGGAGGAGAGGGAGAAAAGUCUGGAUUGAGAGGACAGUCUCGACUUGCCAAGGCGAGCCCACCAGUGACGGAUGAUGGUCGUUUGAUCCACGAUCUCUUGGUGACAAGAGGAAGGAAGAGUCAGGUCAGGAUGUCAGACGGAGAAGACAUGUUUGCGAAGCGGAAGGAGAGCUUCAUCAGCGGGGGGCGACAGAAGAUGAUAGAGCUGGAGCUGGAGAUAACUGAGUUCUUUACCCGGAGAAUCACAAAGGAGGAGAGUGAGGACGGCAAUGUAGCAGAGCCCUACCAUGACGACCUUGGAGGGCUGUCGCCUACCGGGUUGGUGGACGACCAGCUGGUGUUUAUGGAGCACAAGGCGAAGCAGAGGAGGAGCAGUAUCAGCAUCCGAAACUCCUUGAUCAUCUCAGAUUACUUCAGCCUCCUCGGACAGCCGAAGAAGACAGAGAAGUGCAAGAGUCACGCGCGAGUGAGCGCGUCGUUGUUGAAGAAUGAGGAAGUCAAGUACAGGACGACCCUCAAGGAUGAUGAUGAUGAUGAUGAUGAUGAUGAUGAUGAUGAUGAUGAUGAUGAUGAUGAUGAGGAUGAGGAGGAGGAGGAGGAGGAGGUGCAUAAGAUCGGCAAAGAGC